GAGGAAAACCUAUUAUGGGUAGUUGCACCACGUAUUGAGACAGUAUCAAGAAAGCUAAAUUCUUUAUUAUGGCUUUCUCCAGCACAAAAGUCCCUUUAUGAGCAGUUUCAUGAUGUGGUAAUUAUGGAUACAACUGCAAAUAUGAACCAAUUUCAGAUGAUGCUUUUUAUUGUUGCCAUAAUAGAUAAUAAUUUUAGAACAAGGAUUGUAGCUAGUUGCAUCAUUGAAAAUGAAACAUUGGAUACUUUUAAGUGGAUUUAUGAAAAACUGCUUGAGGAAACUAGUGUCAUUCUUACGGUAAUAUUUACCAAUACUGAUUAUCCAACUGUAACAAAGUAUUUAACUGAUACACUUUACUGUACUAAAGAGUCAUGGGCAGUUCCAUGGAUCUACGAACAAUUUACUGGAAGGAUACAAAGCAUGCAGAGAGUCGAAUUUAUUAAUAUGCAUAUACACAAAAAAGUUGAUCAUGCGACCUCACUGUAUAAUUUAUUAAUUAAUCUUAAAAAUUAUGAAAGUCAAGAAGAACAUUUGAUAAAAUUUGAGAUUCAGCACAAUAUGCUUCCAUUUGUUGGUUUACCAAUGUUAAAUAGCUGUUUUUUCAGUCAAGUUGACGAUAUAUUAAAGAAAUUUCUUACACUGAUUAUGCUUG